UUUUUUUUCUUAUUAUUAUUAUUAUUUAUUAAAAAUAAAAAUAAAAUAAAAUGGCAUCUUAUCAUCGUUCAAGAAGUAGACACAGAUCGCCUUCACCAAAUAGUAGCAAUAAAAGGCAUAGAUAUUCUUAUAGAGAAAGAAGCCGUUCUCGUGACAAAUAUAGAUCCUCUUCCCAUCGUCAUCAUCAUCACCAUCAUUCUUCUCGUUACGACGACGAUAGAUAUUAUUCUUCGUCCUCAAGACAUCGACACGAUAAUGUAAGUGUAAAUGAUAAAAGAACCCAUUCACGUGAGCCAACAUCAAGAAAAGAUGCUGUAGGCACAUCUUCAAUGACUUCUUCACAAGAAACCCAUGUAAAGAAAGUAGCUACACCAGCAACUCCAGAUUCACCUUCCACUUCUUCCAUUACAGAUGCUGAGGAAGCAUUACGUAAAAAACAAGAACGUGUACGUAAAUGGAAAGAAGCUAAAAGAUUAAAAGAGGAAGAAGAAAAUAAAAAGAAAGCUGAAGGAGUAGGAGAAGAAGAAGGAGAAGGAGAAGCAGGAGAAGAAACUAAAAAGCAGUCUGCAAUAGCUACAGGUGGGAAAGAAGCAGAGGAAUUGCAGAUGAAAGAAGAAGCAGAAAAGAAACAACGCGAAGAAGGGGAGAAACAGAGUUCCGAAAGUCAAGAAGAACCUCAACUGUUACAACAAUUUGCUGCUAUAAAAAAGGCUGCAGCUGAGGCUGAAGCUCAAGAGGAAGCCAAAAAGCAAUCUGAAGCUCAAGACGUGAACAUGAUUGAAGCGGAUACAUCAAAUGAAGAACCAUUAGAAACAAAUGGUAAAAAAAAAUGGAGUUUAGAAGAUGAUUACGAAUCUGAAGAGGAGCACCCUAUGGACGUAGACGACUCUGAAAGCAAGAACACAGAGACUGUUGAAGCUGAAAGAACAUUUAAACCCCUUCAAAAAGCGGCUGAUGAUAAUAAGGAUGAGAGUUUAAUUAUAAACAAACCUAAAAAGACAUUUUUAAUGUCUAGCAAAUCAACUAAACCAAAGAAUGCCAUGCAAAUAGGCUUUGGGUUAGGCAAAAAUAAGAUGACAAUUAAAAAGUCGUCUACAGCUCUUACCAAUAACUCCAAAAAGAAAGAUUCUACUGCAAAUAAAGAUAAUGCAUCUACCAAUAAACCUAUUGAUUUAAAUAAGAAAGAUUCCGAGGAGGUGGAUCCUUUAGAGGCUUAUAUGGCUGAUGUUCAAGCAGAAACAGAGAAGAUUAACGAAGAAGAUAGAAAGAAACUUGCACAGUUAAACAAAUCUUCAAAGAACAAAAAAAGUAGCUCAGUUAUUGACGAUGAUGAAGAGAAUACAUUUGAUAAUGAAGCCAAUGUUGAAGAAGAGAUUGGAAGUGACCCAGAAGAUAUUCUUGCAUUGGCAGCUAAAAGAGUAAAAAGAAAGGAUAUUGCUCCUGUUGAUCAUAGUAAAAUAGAGUAUGAAUCAUUCCGCAAAGAUUUUUAUAUUGAACCACCCGAGUUGAGAGAGAUGACACCAGACCAAGUAGACUUACUUCGAAUUGAAUUAGAUGGUAUCAAAAUUCGUGGCGUUAACUGUCCUAAACCUAUUACAAAAUGGACACAUUGUGGUUUACCUGCAGGCUGUUUGGAAGUGAUUCGUAGAUUAAAAUAUGAAAAGCCUACAUCUAUCCAGGCACAAGCUAUUCCUGCUAUUAUGAAUGGACGUGAUGUAAUUGGUGUUGCAAAGACAGGGUCUGGUAAAACAAUUGCCUUCUUACUACCUAUGUUCCGUCAUAUCAAAGACCAGAGACCAUUAGAAACGGGUGAAGGUCCUAUUGCAAUUAUUAUGACACCUACUCGUGAAUUAGCUACUCAAAUUCAUAGAGAAUGUAAACCAUUUUUAAAGGUUUUAAAUUUGAGAGCUGUUUGUGCUUAUGGUGGUAGCCCAAUCAAAGACCAAAUUGCAGACUUAAAGAGAGGAUGCGAAAUUAUUGUUUGUACACCUGGUCGUAUGAUUGAUCUUCUCUGCGCCAAUUCAGGUCGUGUUACUAACCUUCGUCGUGUCACAUAUUUGGUUAUGGAUGAAGCAGAUCGUAUGUUUGAUAUGGGUUUUGAACCGCAAGUCAUGAAGAUUGUCAAUAAUGUUCGACCUAGUCGUCAAACUGUCUUAUUCUCUGCUACUUUCCCUCGACAAAUGGAGGCCUUGGCACGUAAAGUCCUAAAAAAGCCAUUAGAAAUUACUGUUGGUGGUCGUAGUGUUGUUUGUGAUGAUGUGAAUCAAAUUGUUGAAGUUCGAGAAGAAGAUAGUAAAUUUAUUAGAUUAUUAGAAAUUUUGGGUAAUUUAUUUAAUGAAGAAGGUGAAGAAGGAGCAAGCGCACUUAUUUUUGUGGAUCGUCAUGAAGCAGCCGAUAAUUUGUUAAGAGACCUUAUUAGACGUGGUUAUCCUUGUCAAUCAUUACAUGGUGGUAAGGAUCAAGCAGAUAGAGAUAGUACAAUUGCUGAUUUCAAAUCUGGAGUAACGAAUAUCUUGAUUGCCACCUCUGUUGCUGCUCGUGGUUUGGAUGUCAAGAAUUUGAAAGUAGUUAUCAAUUAUGAAUGUCCUAAUCAUAUGGAAGACUAUGUGCAUCGUGUAGGCCGUACAGGUCGUGCUGGUAAUAAGGGUACUGCUUAUACAUUUAUUACACCUGACCAAGAUCGUUAUGCUAUGGAUAUUUGUAAAGCCUUGAAGCUUAGUGGCCAAGAAAUUCCUUCUGAUCUACAAUCGUUAGCUGAUUCAUUCCAAAAUAAAGUCAAGGAAGGUAAAGAACGUGCCCAGGGUUCUGGAUUUGGUGGUAAAGGUUUAGAACGAUUAGAUAAAGAUCGUGAUCUUGUCAAGAAAAUACAAAAGAAAGCAUAUGGUGGUGGUGAUGAAGAUGAUUCUGAUGAAGAAGAAUUGGAGCUUAAAACUACAGUCGUCACUCCAGGUAUUACAGCAUCAGCAUCAGCAGCAGCAGCAGCAGCAGCAGCAUCAACAUCAACAUCAACAUCAUCAGUACCAACUUCAACCACUCAUACAAUGGCAGAAAAAAAUCUUACACCUGCUGCUCUUGCAGCCAAAAAGGCAGCUGCCAUGGUUGCUGCUCGUAUCACUGCUCAAGGUGGUAUGCAUCCAAUUGUUACACAAGUAGGAAAUGAAGAUGGUGAAGUGCAUCCUGUAUAUGCAGAAGAAAUCGUUAUUAACGACUAUCCUCAAAAGGCAAGAUGGAGAGUGACGAACAAGGAACAAAUAUCUCAAAUUACUGAAAUCUCUGGUGCUGCUAUCACAACCCGUGGCUCUUACUUUCCUCCUGGUAAACAACCCACAGGUAAUGAACGUAAACUAUACUUAUUUAUUGAAGGUGAUUCAGAAAUGGUUGUGGAGAAGGCCAAGAAUGAAAUCAAGCGUAUCCUAAUUGAAGCAACUGCAGCACAAAUGGAAGCAGAUGCGAGAGGACUUGGAGGUGGAGCUGGUCGUUAUCAAGUUGUUUAAAAUUAUUACGUACAAUUAGCAUAUAAAUUUGUUUGUUUAUAUAAGUUAUAAAUUAUGAU